GCGGCACCGCGCCUUCCGGACUGUUGGCUAACGCGUGCAGCUCCUGCUCCCCCUCCCCCCCCGCGAGAUGCGGUCGAAAGCGCGAGGAUUGAAGCCUUCGCCCUCCGCCCGCUUCCUUAUUGGCUGGUGGAGCGAGGCGGCGGCGCCCGAUUGGCGGAGGGCAAGGAGUGGGCGGGAGAGCCACAAGAUGGCGGCGCUGGGCUCACCGCUGGGGACCUUGCGAGGUCUCUUACGCGAGCUCCGCCACGCGAGCGCCCAGGCGGGCCGCCCCUACCGGGACACGCCCGCCUAUCAACACGUCAUCUCGGCCUUCCGCGCCCACCGGGUCACCAGUGAGAAGCUCUGCCGGGCCCAGCAGGAGCUGCACUUCCAGGCAGCCACGUACCUCUGCUUGCUCCGCAGCGUCCGGGAGCACUUGUCUCUUCACCAGGAGUACCACGGCAAAGGGGAGCGCUCUCCUGAGGAGGUUGCUGGCUUGGUGGGCUUCAGGCUGCCGCAGCAGCCAGGAGGAAAGGGUUGGGAUUCGUAGGAAUGCAAAUGCUUGCUAAGACCACCUUACAAGGACUGCAAAAUGGUUGUGUUAUAUGUACUGUUUAUCUCUGAAUAAAUAUCUUUGAUUAUGGA